AUGAAGCUCGACGCGACCGACCUCCGCUACAUCUCCGCAGACGCAUUCCGCGUCCUCUCUGCCGUCGAGCAAGGCUCGAAGAACCACGAACUCGUCCCCUCCGCUCUCAUCGCCCAAAUCGCCGGCUCGCGCUCAGGAGGCGUCAACAAAGCGCUCGGCGAGCUAGCGAAGAAGAAGCUUGUUGCAAAAGUGCAGAAUGCCAAGUACGAUGGGUACAGGUUGACGUAUGGCGGGUACGAUUUCCUGGCGUGUCGGACGUUUGCGAAGAGGGAUACAAUCUACAGCGUCGGAAAUCAGAUUGGGACGGGAAAGGAGAGUGACAUUUACGUUGUGGCGAACGAAGAUGACGAGCAGAUGGUCAUGAAGAUCCACCGACUCGGUCGCAUGUCCUUCCGCGCCAUCAAGUCGAAGCGAGACUACCUGCGAAAGGGGCAGUCGGCGAGCUGGAUGUACAUGUCGAGGUUGGCGGCGAUCAAGGAGUUUGCUUUCAUGAAGGUCCUGCACGACCACGGCUUCCCAGUUCCUCGACCAAUCGACCAGUCGCGGCAUUGCCUCAUCAUGGAGCUCAUUGAUGCCUUCCCUCUCCGCCAAAUCUCGUCCGUCCCCUCACCCGGCGCUCUCUACUCCGCCUUGAUGGACAUGAUCGUCCGCCUCGCCCGCUCCGGCCUCAUCCACGGCGACUUCAACGAAUUCAACCUCCUCAUCCGCGACCACCGGACCGAAGCCGAAAAGGCGCGAGACGACGAGACGCCUGAUGAGCGGGACGAGCGGAUUGAGCGCGAGAAAGGGGACUUCCCGGUCAAGGUUGAGCUGGAGGGAGAGGAGUAUGAGGAGCGGAAGAGGAGGGAGAGGGAGGGCAGUCUGCUCGAGCCGGUCUUGAUCGACUUUCCGCAGAUGGUCAGUACGGACCACCCCGACGCAGAGUACUACUUCAACCGCGACGUCGAAUGCGUUCGAAUCUUCUUCGCGCGACGAUUCAAGUACGAGUCGAGCGUCUACCCGAAGUUCACCUCUGUCGUGCGCGACGGCGUGAGAGAGUUCGACUUGGACGUGGAGGUCGCGGCUAGCGGAUUCAAGAAGGAGGACAGGAAGGUGUUGGAGGAGUACAUGGCUGAGCUUGCGGCUCACGAUGAGAAGUACCCGGAGGAGGAGGAGCGGGAAGUGGCGUCGGACGAGGAGUACAGCGACGAGUCUGAGGAGGAGGACGAGGAGGAGGCGCAGGGCGUCGGUGAGCGGACAGGCGAGGCGGAGCGGCUGCCUGAGGUCGAAACGUUGCGGAUAGGCGACGCUGAAGCCGCAGACGAGGCCGAGGAGGAAGGAUCGGAGGAGGACGAGGAAGACGAGGAGGAGGAGGAGGGUUCGGAGGAGGACAGCGACGCCUCGGACGCCGACUCGACCGGGUCCACAACCCGCCGGCGACGGCAGCAGGGCGCAUCUGAGCCUCGCAUCGGGCGACGACCAGCACGGCAGAACCGGGACGUCGAGUCGAUCGUCUCGUCGUCGCUGUCGAAGCAGAAGGCUCGGCAAGAACGGCGGCACCACGGCAAGAAGCCCGUCAGUGCAAACGUCCUCGGCAGGCAGAAGGGCAGCAAGAAGAAACAGAAUGCGAACCAGCGCGAGGCGAGGGCGGCGACCAAGUCGGGGAGGGGAGAGGCGUUCUUCUGA